CCUGUAGGAGCCGUCCGAGAAUUCCCCAACAAUCUCAUCGCGAGUACGGCAUGCAUGCCCUGCAACGGAGCGUCAAUGGCGGCAAACAGCAAGGCAGCUUCCGCUCAUCUUCGUCCUCGUCGACGCAAAGCCAAGAUGUGAACCCGUACCAUCAACUACUCGAUGCCGUGGAACGGUCGGAUACCUCAGUCGUGGACCGCCUGCUGCACAAAGGAAUUCGACCGUCGACGCAGGAAGUGAACAUGUCGAUCUUGUCGGCUGCUUGCAUGUCUGGAUCGUACGACGUGUUUGAGCAGUUGGUCACUCAAGGAUGGCUCGUGUUUGCUGCAAGCUUGUCGGAAGCGGCCACGGUGCAGAUUCUGUUCGAAUUGGUCAACUUGGCCACGCAGGGACGUAACAUCCAAAUCAUCACAGGACUUUGCCGCGUCGGUGGCAUCACCGUGAGUCAAGUCGUUGAGCGCGUGCCCGUAACGCGCGAUCCAAGCAUCGUCAAAGUUAUCACGCCACUGUUGAUUUCUGCUAUUCAAGGCGACUUGCACGUGGUCAACUACCUAUUGGACGGCGGCGUCGACGUCAACUUGGGCUCAACGAAGGAAGGCAACUCGCCCCUUGGUAUGGCCGCGAUCCACGGGCACGUUGCUGUGGUGGAAGCGUUGAUUGAGUCAGGUGCGAACCCGCACCACACCAACUACAAAGGCGAGACUGUGUACGACUUGGCGGAUGUGUACGGUCACGCCAACAUUCAAUGCUUGCUCAUGCAUGGCGAAGACAAGGAUGACGCGAUGAAGCUAGACGACGUGGAUGCAACGUUGAUGAAGCGAAGGAUCCACAACAUUCGAAAGGGCAAGGCGCACACACAUUACACGCUGCAAGAGCGCGGCGGGCAAGUCGAUGUGUCCAAGCUCAAUCGGCGCAUUAACCAUCUGAAGAACAGAGUCAACGGUCGUGUCGAGGCCGACCUGUACACGCUGCGAUCGAACUCGUUGGGCAGCGACAGCUUUUGACGUGAUCUGACCCUGGUUCGAUAGUCGGAGCGCGAAGAUGUAUUUACUAGGCUGUUGAAUUUUUGACGGGCAUUUUCAGGACCAAUACAUGAUAUCCAGCACCCUAUGAUCAGCAGGUCCAUCGCGCCCUAUUGGCGACACAACGGAGACGGUCAGCAGGGUUG